UUCUACCCGAGUACUCCCUCAUGUUUCGGCGGGACUUCGGAUCGAGCUUUCGCUAAGAUGAAGAGUCGAAGUUGCGGACAAUGAAAAUUCUCUUUGACAUUUUUUACUUUCGUACCUGAGAAUUUUCAGAGAACAUGCUAGGAGUGUGUGGCGUACAUAAGAACAGAGAAAGAGCAUAAACAAAUAUCCUUUUGUUGAAGAAUUUGCGUAUUAAAAAUAUAGCUUGACUGAACUUCACCAGUAGUUUUUGCUCUGUACCCAUUAUUGCAAGGAUGGCAAAGAUUUGGUUAUUCAAUGUCAUCUUGAUUUUUAUGUCUCAUUCCAUUGGCGUGUACAGCAGCUGGGAAGAAUGGUGGACAUACGACGGAAUAUCUGGGCCUGACUACUGGGGUUUGCUAAAUCCCGAAUGGAAGUUGUGCAACCGUGGUCGUAGGCAGUCCCCGAUAGACAUUGAGCCUUCAAUACUUCUCUACGAUCCAGGAAUGGGAAAAGUGGAAGUGGACAAACAGAAGGUCAACGGUACUUUGAAAAACACUGGCCACAGCGUUCGCUUCCGUUUGGAUUCCACCAGCCCAGCAGUGAUGGUGAAUGGCGGACCGUUAUCAUAUAAAUACAGAGUACAUGAAAUUCUUUUGCAUUACGGAAGAACUGAUGACAAGGGAUCGGAGCACACCAUUUCCGGUCACGCGUUUCCUGCAGAGUUGCAGAUUCUAGGUUAUAAUAAUCAAUUAUACGACAGCAUGGCCGAAGCUAUGCCUAAAACACAAGGGGUCGUUGGAGUAGCAGUCAUGGUUCAGAUUUCAAAUGUCUCCAGCCCCGACAUACGCUUGCUCACAUCUCAACUUGACAAAAUCAUACACAAAGGGCAAAUGAAGAAUAUAACACACAUAUCAAUUCAAGGUUUAUUGCCCGAUACAAACCAGUUCAUGACUUACGAAGGUUCGACUACAAUGCCUGGUUGUCACGAAACUGUAACAUGGAUUGUCCUUAAUAAGCCAAUUUACAUAACAAAGGCUGAAAUAUUUUUACUGCGUCGUUUGAUGCAAGGGGACGAAGCGCACCCUAAAACUAUCCUUGCAAACAAUUAUCGUCCACCUCAGCCCCUCUACAACCGCUCCGUCCGAACAAACGUAUUUAACCAUGAUAUUGGAGACAAUAAGUGUUUUGAUUCGAGGAAAUUGUUUUAUAGAGGCAAUGUAGGUUUUAUACAUUGGAUUGAAUGAAACUGGCCAAGUGCUGCAAGAAUAAAGCUGUUAUUAAGUACCUAAAAAUAAAUUUAACCGAUUAUAGAUGUUUAAUAUGUGCAUAUCAGUGUAUCCUAUAAAAAGACAUUGUAUUGUUCGACUCAAAGCAGGAGCUUUUCUUGUUAUAGAGAGAAAAUUCAUCAAGCACAGAACACGUCAAGUGCUGUUAGGAAAAAAAAUUCCAAUGCAAAACCCAUUUCCUUGUGGAUGAGUAGUUGCACAUUUGUUUUGUAAAAACAGCCGUUAUUUGACGUCAGAGAUUAAUAACCGAAUUCAAAUCUACUUUUAUUCAUCCAACUUCACUACAAAUACAUUACAAUGGCAAGAUCAUGAUAUACAUUUUUUUUACUACUUUCCAAAAAAUAAUUUUAUACUGCAAGUGAAGCGUAAAUAGGAACACUCUGUGAAAUUUGAAGUCUGAUGGUUAAAUUAUUUGGCUAUUGUAUUAACUUCUUUUAUUAACUUGCAUUAAAAUUUAAAAAAAAAAGUUAAGUCCUCAAAAAAUACUAUUAUAAUUAUUACGUAGAUAUGAGGAGGAUUCACUCACUAUCACAAUUGUUUUAAUUAAUUGGGAAAUUGAAAGUUCUUUACAAAUAAGAAGUCAUAACACUCAGUUUAAAAUAUUUGCAUUUCCGGAUAUUUGCAAGUAAUUUCCUAGUAAUAUAAAUGAAAAACAUAGUGGAUUUUUCUCGCUAACUGACAAUUCUUUUAAAACAGAUGUAAUUUUAUGUAAAUAUUAUAACUA